AUGCACUUCUCCAAAAUAUCUACCGCUCUUGUCGCUUUGGCUGUCAGUGUCCCUGGCGUCGUUGCGACACCAUCGCCCAAUCUUGAUGCUCGAGGAGUCAAAACACGCCCCGUUGUGAAACCACCCGUACCAGUAGGACCACUUGUCCCAGCAACCGUUGUCCAAGAAACACAAGCGAAAACUACAGACAAGCAAUCCCAGCCUAUGCAGACGACAGUCACAAAAACUCCAGUCACUACGGGAAAAUACAAGGGAUUCGCAUCAUACUACUACCCAGGUGAAUCUCCUAGUAAAUGUGGACAAGUCUACCGCGAUGGUGAACUCAUCGCGGCUCUCGACAAGCGCAGAUUCGACAUGAGUCUCUGUGGAAAGAAGAUUUAUAUUGAGACUCCUGCGCAGAGAUGGGUUGAAGUAACUGUUGUAGACUCAACCGAUGGUGGUAUUGAUGAGAACUAUUUGGACUUGUCUGUGGCUGCUUUCAAGGUUCUUGCUAGGAUUGAGGAUGGGGUUUCGCAGAUUACUUGGAAUUACAUUUAG